AUGAAAGUCCUUGUUCUAACUCAGUUUCACUUGGGAAUUGGAACACAAUUCAUGUAUCAUGUUCAUGGUCAGUAUGUGCCAUCUUUGAGAAAUGUUUCCACCGCCCAAUCUCUUAAUGCAAAAAGUAAUGAAGGACUGAAGCUACUUGUAAAUGGAGGACCUCGUGCUCAGAAAAUGGUUAGGAUAUGGCUCUUUGGCUCUGCUGCUUGGGUGUUUAGUAUGGUCGUACUUGGAGGUGUUACACGACUAACAAGAUCUGGUCUUUCGAUGACUGAUUGGAAGUUCAGUGGUGGGCUCCCUCCUCUAUCUGAUGAGGAAUGGUUACAGGAAUUCGAGAAGUACAAGCAAUCCCCUGAAUAUAAGCGAUCAGUGAAAGAAAAGAACAGUACAUGUAUUUGUAGCAUUGCUAAUGGUUUGUGA